AAAUUUGAAAAAUUAUUUAUCUAUGAUACACAAUUCUAUCUUUCAUAUCAAUUUUUAUUUUCACAUGACCUAUCAUUUAAUCAUUAAAUAAUUAAAUUCACUAAACAAAAAAACUGUGGCGUGGAAUUGCAGGAGGAUGAGACACGUGGGAUGAGCAGGACGUACUACGUUGUCAUCCAUGUGUUGCGCAUGCUUGUUUACACGUCGCAAUAGCUCGCCAAGCGAGCCGCUUCCUUGCUUUAUAUCAUCUCUUCCCUCCCAAGCACCAACAGCCAUGUCAUAUAUACCACAUCGAUGCCAAUUACACUGCUUCGUGUUUGAACUGAUUCUUCUCGCAUUCUGACCUUUCCACUUUUUUGAUUGAAUCUCCAGAAGUCACAACUAAUUAGUUACAACGUCCAACUUCAAAGAAAAAAGCAAUGUCAGGUGUAUCUCUAGCAGUGGGUCCCACGCCUCCCGAGUCGGAACCGGCGGAGACGGAUCCGGCCACAGUAAAAGCUCACCGACAGCAACAAGCGGCCGCGGGAGGCCUGAUGGGUUCGUUGCGCGUGAUAGAGCUUCAACUCGUAGCCUUCAUAAUGGUGUUCUCGGCGAGUGGUCUCGUCCCCCUCCUCGACCUAGUCUUCCCAGCAUUCGCUUCCCUUUACCUCUUGGUCCUCUCUCGCUUCGCCUUCCCUUCUCGCGGCACCAGUUCCUCUGCCUCGCAACAGAUCUUCCACGGCAGCAAAAUGUUCAGACUCUACGUCAUUGUCGGAACCACCGUCGGCCUCUUCCUGCCCCUCGCCUACGUGCUGGGUGGCUUUGCUAGAGGGGACGAACAUGCAGUGAGAUCCGCCACUCCUCACUUGUUCUUGCUGUCCUGUCAAAUUCUCACGGAGAACAUAAUAAGUGGCUUGUCUCUGUUUUCGCCGCCGGUGAGAGCCUUGGUGCCUCUACUUUAUACAGUUCGAAGGAUCUUUGUGGACAUUGGUUGGAUCAACGACGUGUGGCUCCUCAAGAGCUUGCCCGCUAAUGCACACUAUAAAGAUGUGGCGUGGUAUUGGUUCGGGAGGAGCUUGGCGGUGGCCAAUUUAGUGUAUUUCUCGAUCAAUCUGUUCGGGUUUCUGAUACCCAGGUUCCUUCCCAGAGCAUUUAAGAUGUAUUUCGAAGCGAACGGAGAGAUCUCCGCGAAAACAGUGGAAGACAAGAGGUCUGCUACCAUCAACGUAACCCAUCGAGCUGAUAAGAAGAAAGAUUGAAGAGCUUGUUGCCAAUGAGGGCUUAUAUUUUAUAGUUUCUUGCAAGCGUUUUCUUUCUUUCUCCCAGCGACCACGCGUAGAUCGCAUCCUUUUUAUUGUUGUACAUUAGCGAUGCUUUUAGAUAUAUAAGAUUUUUGCGAAUAAUGUCAGAAAUCAAUGCUAGGAUCUCUAAUGUCUCUUCUAAUA